GUCUACAGAGCGGAAGCCGGAAGCGGAGGUGGCUGGGACUAACGUGGUGGCGAUGUCGGCUCUCCGGGCGCUGGAUCCUGGGGUCGCGGCCGGGGUAGGGCCGGGGUCCGCAACAGCCGCCACCUCCGGGCCUCCCGGGGGCCCCGCCCUCACUUCCGGGAAUCUGUUCCAUCCCAUCAGCGCUGAGGAUGAGGAGCAACAGCCUACGGAGAUCGAGUCCCUGUGCAUGAAUUGUUAUGGCAACGGAAUGACUCGCCUUCUGCUAACCAAGAUUCCCUUCUUCAAAGAGAUCAUUGUGAGCUCUUUCUCCUGUGAACAUUGUGGCUGGUCCAACACAGAGAUUCAGUCUGCAGGCAGGAUCCAGGAACAGGGUGUACGCUAUACCUUGUCUGUCAGGGUUCCUGAGGACAUGAAUCGAGAGGUGGUAAAAACAGAUUGUGCCACAGCAAGGAUCCCAGAGUUAGACUUUGAGAUUCCUGCUUUCAGCCAAAAAGGAGCUCUGACCACUGUUGAAGGAUUAAUUAGUCGUGCCAUCUCUGGUUUGGAACAGGAUCAACCAGCCCGAAGGGCAAAAGGAGAAACCAUGGCUGAGAAAAUUGAUGAGUUUAUUGCCAAGUUGAAGCAGCUGAAGCGAGUGGAUUCCCCAUUCACUUUUAUUAUUGAUGAUCCCUCAGGGAACAGCUUUGUGGAAAAUCCUUAUGCUCCUCGGAAAGAUGAUGCUCUGGUGAUCACACACUACAUCAGGACUCCUCAGCAGGUGGACAUGCUAGGGCUCAAGAUUGAAGAGCCAGAAGAGAAGUCCACUGACCCUGUGGAAGAUCUCAGGAACGAAGUGUUACAGUUCAACACAAAUUGCCCCGAGUGCAAUGCUCCUGCCACUACCAACAUGAAAUUAGUGCAAAUCCCCCACUUUAAAGAAGUUAUCAUCAUGGCGACAAAUUGUGAGAACUGUGGGCAUCGGACUAAUGAGGUAAAGUCAGGUGGAGCAGUAGAGCCCUUGGGCACCAGGAUCACCCUUCAAAUCACGGAUCCCUCAGACAUGACCAGGGAUAUACUAAAGUCUGAGACAUGCAGUGUGGAAAUACCAGAACUGGAAUUUGAGCUAGGCAUGGGUGCCCUUGGAGGCAAGUUUACCACCUUGGAAGGACUGCUGAAAGAUAUAUGUGAUCUGGUGACCAGGAACCCCUUCACACUGGGUGACAGCUCCAACCCUGAUCGCACAGAAAAGUUGGAGGAAUUUAACCAGAAGCUGGAUGAGAUUAUAGAGGGUAGAAUGAAAGCUCAUUUUAUUCUGGACGAUCCAGCAGGAAACAGCUACUUACAGAACGUGUAUGCCCCUGAGGAGGACCCAGAGAUGAAGGUAGAGCGCUACAAACGCACAUUUGACCAGAAUGAGGAACUGGGGCUCAAUGACAUGAAGACAGAGGGCUAUGAGAUGGAACUGGCUUCACGGCGGUAGCAAUGGGCAAAGGGGCAGGUCAGACACCAGAGCUGCCUGUGGCCUCAUGGUUAUUUAUUACUAUUGUAAUAGGUCAGAGGGACAGGGACUGGAGAACAGGGGCUUUCUCUUGGAUGGGAAGACCUGGUCUGAGUCCAUGAAGGUGUACACACUUUCAAAACAAUUCAUGAUGUAAAUGCACGUCUGUUGUGUUACUGACCUUAUUUUGGAGGUUUUUAUUGGUUUGUUUAGAAAGUUGGGAUUGAACUUUGUGGCCAAUAACUACCAUUUUUUUUCCUGUUAGUCUUUUUUUCCUUUCCUAUUUUUCCUUUUUCUAUAAGAAUGGGGCUCCAAGGAGCCGCUUCUGGGUAAAGUUAGAGAAAUGAAGGAGUUGGGGCACAACCAAGAAUUGCAUUCUAUUGAUAUUAAUUCUAGUUUUCAAAAAUGAGAGGAGUCAUGUUGGGGAUGGGGAUAGUAGCAUCUUGGGAUUGGGCAGAAAAAAAAAAUUGCCAAUAAAAUUGCUGCUUUUAAACAA